AUGGUUAGUUUAAAUUGUCUUGCUGAUGUUUGUCUUAUCCCCAUUGGUACUGGCCAUGCGUCAGUGCUGGAUGAAGUAACACUUAUAACCCAGUUAGCCCGCGAACUGCAUUUAUCCACAACUUUACAUAGUGCUGGAACCACUAUUGAAGGUCCUUGGAGUGAGGUUAUGGACUUGAUUGGACAAAUGCACGAGAAAGUCCAUCACCAUGGGGUUAUUAGAAUACAAAGCGAUAUUAGAGUAGGUACAAGAACCGAUAAGAAACAAACUCCACAAGAUAAAAUUGAUAUUGUUGAGAAAAAAUUGAAAAAUAUAUAA